AUUAGGAUCUAUCCUCUGACCGUCCGCGCGCGUCCAUCAUCGCUCCUUGCCGAAUUCGACUCGGGGUUUUUUUUCGAAGUGGUCCAGCUGUACUGUACUUGUGACGGUUUGAACCGGCUCAACCCAGUCCAGUCCGUUCUCCAAACGGAGACCCCAAUUCAACACCAUGGGGUUCUUCUUGGACGAUGCCUAUGCCAAUCGGCAUCCCGCUGGCUGGGAUCACGCAGCCGAGCAGCGGCGCAAGGAGAGCGUGCAGCAGCAAAGUUCGAGAAAAGCCAGCUCGAUCAUAUCCCCAACCAGUUCCACUGGACUCAUGCCAAAGCGCUCGAAUGACAAGCGCGGUUCCGUCUUCCAGCUCCGCUCACGGAGCAACACCGUUACCUCCCAAACCUCGACUGCUGGCUCCGGAUCGCGUUCCCCUGCGCCACACCGAGAGUCGAACAAGAGCGACGACUCCUCCCGGCGGAGUUCUUCGCUCGAUGGCCGGAGUUUCUCGGAUGCCCCUAGUUCGACCGAUAGUGUGGACGCUGCAUCCAGGUCGCUGCUGUACGUCAGUACGGUGGGCAAGAAAUUAAAAAAGGCGGCGAAACGCCCUCCGUCGUCCGCGGGCUUCAGGCCGGAGCAAGAGAAGGACACCCCAGGGUCGAAAUUCCGGGGAGUCUGGAACAAUUUGCAUGGGAAGGAAAUCAAAAUCCCGGGUCCAGGUAAGGAAAUCGCGGAAUCCGACGUGAUCCUGCCGGGCAAGGACAGACGCUUAUCCGUUCCAGGCGAAUCCAACCGCAAGACGAUGAUCUCCGCUCCAUCUGAUUUCCAGCAUCUGGUUCACACUGGCCGUAACGACCUUCCCUCUCUUUUCGAAAACCGUCCUCAGACUGGUCCAUCUCCUUCGCUAGCCUCAGAGUUUACCGCAGCCAGUGCUUCGCAUCUUCCCAAACGUGAGGUUUCGCACAUGCGCACGUCCGAUCUCAAGGCCGAUGCGGCCCCCAUCAUCGAAUCCCCAUCAUUCAGCCCUUCCGGCCUCUCUGCACUCGGCCGAACAUCAACGAACGCGUCUACCUCGUCGAUUUUCGACCCUCCGUCAUGGAACCGCCGGAGCCAGGCCAACUCGAAUUUAGCAGCACAAGUUGCGCCGACGCCAUCUCCAGGGACGGUGGUACCGCCAACGCGAAUCUCAAGCCCUCCACCGGUCCGGCCAAUCCGACCUGUCCGACCCGCUCGUUCCAGUGAAUCCUUCCAAUUCGUCUCCAUGGCUUCUGCCCUCCCCGACAACCCGCCGGUACAGUCGCCUCCGCCACGACGUGCGUCUCGCCGCGUGUGGACACCGAAACAUAUUGCCGAAGAAUUGAACCAUGAAUCUCCCACGGCUCCUCAGUUCCCGGCCGACGAGUCUCCAUCCACGUUUGGUUCGGGCGCACCGAAAGCCAAUGAAGAGCUGCCGCCGCUACCACCGCUGCCGAACUUUUCACAGGAGCAGGCGGGAGAGCAUGCGCCUUUAUCAUCCGAGGCGCUUGGUAUGCAAUCGCUCUCCUUCCAAAGGGAGCUUGAGUCUCUCCAAGAAGAGCCAGAAAGCCUAUCCUCGCAGCGUGGCAGCCGAACCAGCAUGGUGCCUGACCACACCACAUUCGGAUCGCCGUUGCGUCACUCCCGAUCCUUACCAGGCAGUUCCCUUGUGGCGGUCCGAUCCAACGAAUCCGCCCAGUCCGAUCAGUCCGAGUUCCGAUCUUUCGCUCGGCCCUUCAAUCAUCCCCGACCGCGCCCGGUGUCCCAGAUGUCAGAUACCCUUGGGGCAACGGCCCCCCCGAAGAUGCACUCGAGGCGACCCAGCACACUCUCCCGUCGGCCGUCCGUUCACCGACGACCCAGCGAGGCACACCGACCCGACUCUGCCUCCUGGGAGGAUGUCAUUGACAUGAUCUAUGAGGAAGGCGGAGAGGCUCACUGUGACUUUGACUGGAGUAUCCUUGACGCUGAUGAGCCCGACCUGGAGGACUUUCUGGAAAAUGGUGACUCCACUCUUGAAAGCUCGGGGGAACUCGACACGCCUGCAUCGGGCGGCUCUCCCCAGCCUCAGAUUCCCGCCAAGAGUGCCCUGCGCCCUCGACCCGAUGCUGAUCUGGCUUUGCGACCCCUUCCCGAACUUCCCAGCUCCGACUCCUUGCCGGACCUCGACCGACGCUCGGGCAUGUCCGCCAGCACCAAUAGUAUCGGCGCCUUGACGCCGUUGGAUCAAAGCUACCAAUUUCCACCCAUUCCGGCGGUCCCAGCCAAGGAUGGGCGACGAAGGUCACCGCUGAUCGAGGUUAAUAACCAGAGUGACACCUCCAUCCCGGAGGGAGCGCGAGAUCCGUUUGCAAUGAACAUUGAUCCGUACAGCUCGCCGUUCUAUACGGCAGCUCCGACCUCCCAUCCGACCACGGAGCAGUCGACCAACCCGCCACCAAAAUCGGCGGGCAGCACCACAUCUGUGCCAGGUUCCAACGGCACCCCUCCCCCCGCUCGAUCUCGCCACUCGAGGUUCUCUUCCAUCGACUCCACUCACCUCCGCGACUCUCCAACCCAUCUCGUCGCCAUGAACGACCUCCGCCGCAGCAACUCCACCUCCACCCAGUCUCCCCCUCAUCAGCGCACCCACUCCCGCACCCACUCCCGCUCCCAUUCCCGCUCCCACGCCCUCGACCUCGCUGUCCCCGACGCCUGCACCACUGCCCUCACCGUCGACUCCAUCGUCGCCCAGCUCCGCUUCGACGCCGGUACGCGCGCCGGUUCUGGCCGCGGUUCUCCCGAGCCCGCCCGCCCCGAGGACGUUGAGCCCCGGUCGAAAAUCACCGUGCGCAAGGACCUCGACCCGCAGAAGAGCGAAGAGCUGCUCAUCCAGAUCCCGAGCCCGCUCGAGGGGUCCCGCAAGACCAGCUACGGUUUCCUGAACGCCGCGGCAUCGCCCCCGACGGAUGCCGGUGCGCCUUUGCCCAAGCCGCGGGAAACGAGGAGCUAUUCCCGAGGUACCGUCGACGUUCGGCCCUCUUCGCCCGCGAUGUUCUCCCCCUCCACCACCGCCACCACCAACUCCACCACCUCCACCCGCGACUCCACCUCCCCGUUCCGCUCCCCGCCCGCCACCUUCUCCCCCUUCCCCCCCUUGUCCGCGACGCUCCCCCUCCCCCCCAUGCCCCGUCCGUCGACCGCGGCGGGCAGCGCGCAUAAGAAGACCGUAUCCGAGGGCAAUGUGACGCGGCGUCCGUCGACGGCGAUCGGGAAGCGGAGGGGGUUCGGACACCAUCCGAUCGCGGCGCCCGCGGCGGGUGCGAGCGGGCCACCGACGCUGUUCCCGAUGGAGGGGAAGAAGAAGAAGAAGAAUAGUCUUUUAGCGUCGGCAUUUGGGAUGCCGAUGCCCACGACGGCGGGGUUGAGGAAGGUGCAGACGGCGACCACCUAGCCUGAUUUUAUUUUUUUGUUAUCGGUUCUCCUCUACCUGUGGGGAGCCUUGUUAUCUCUUUCAUUGGUCUGUGUGGCAUAUUUGUUUUUCUCUAGGAUAAGGAUACCUUGGGAUCGGGAUUGGCGGUUUUUUAUUAUUCCCCGUAACUGUUUCGAUUACGCCGACACUCGCUUGCUGCUGGGUACUGAUGGGACUAGAUCAUGAUCUUUGUAGAUAUUUUGGGAGGAUCAAAAAAGGGCAUCAUGAUCGACUUACUGUCGCUAACGAUUCGGGAUUGGGGGAUGGGGGGCGGACUGCUGCGGUCGAAAAAGGACGCCCACGCUCGCUUGGAAUGAAAUGUAUGGGACAUGGCUUAAUGAUGGAUCCUAAAGAAUGGGGUUGGGAAAUGGUCUAUCUAUUACUUUUGGACAUUCUCUCAUUGUAUAUGGAAAGGAUUCAAAACAUCCCUUCGAAA